AUGGAUAUAGACUUCAAGAUUGAUGGAGAUGCUUACAAUCAGUACUCUGAGGAUAAUGUCAAUUUGAACGAAUCUAUUGCCGCCGAUGUAAUGUUGAAUUACAUGCAUGAAACAUUUGAGGUUUCUGGUUAUGGUAGAUACAUACAUCAAAGUACGAACUUGCCAAAACUGUUUUUCAAAAGUAUUGUUGACGUGAUUGAGGAGACGAUUGGAGAUCUUUACGUUAAGAACAACGGCAAUAAUUGGAAAAGAGAAAAGAAGAUGGAGCUAAAGGAGCCCGGCUUAAUAUUUGUAUUGUUCACAGACCCUAAAACGAGUAAGGUGGUGGCAUUUAUAUGUUUCAAAUUGUGUCUUGAAGACGAAAACAAUUUGGUGUUAUAUUUAUACGAAAUACAUGUAACUAGUGACCAUCAAGGCCAAGGGCUCGGACAAUAUUUGAUAGACCAGUUUCAUAAGCUCUGUGUUGACUUGUCGAACUCCUCCAAUCUAUUAUACCGGCAGCUAUCGGGUACUGCGUUGACAGUCUUCUCAGACAACGAAAGAGCAUUGUCGUGGUACAGCAAUAUGGGCUACAAAUUAACGGAUGAUUCUCCGAGUGACAAAUUAUUGAGAAAUGGAAAGGUUAGAAAGCCAGAUUACUAUUUACUAAAACGUAGAACUUCUGGUGAUUCUUCAUCCGAUGGUAAUGAUUACCCUGUUCAAGAUUGUUCAAACUUUAUUGCCAACACGGCCGAUCCCUGGUCUUGCCAUAACACUUCUGUUAUACCAGCCGAGGACCAAUGCUGCUUCGAGGACUAUGGUAUAUUAUUACAAACCCAGUUUUGGGACUUCAACACAACUUUGUUGGACUUGGCUGUGAAUGGUUCAACUCAGGAAGUGGUUGAAGCUGAAGUUAGAAGUAAGAUUGAGGCGCUCGAUGAUGACAUCAAGAGGACAUUCACUAUCCAUGGGUUGUGGAAUGAUUUGUGCAACGGCUCAUACAACCAAUACUGUAACCCGGACUGGGAAGUUGACGAUUCCAAGGACAACCUUACCUACCUUAUUGGCGAAGAGUUUAAACAACCCGAACUCUUGAAGAUAAUGAAGAGAUAUUGGGUCAAUACAGAGAAAUCCAAUGUGGAGGAUCAAGCAAGCAUCGCCUUAUGGGAGCAUGA